CCUCUGUCUAAAAUCCAUUUUAAAACAAUUUUAUUUUUAAAGAAUGAGUUAUCUAGUUGGUUAUGGUGUUCCUGUAAUUGGUUCCCGAAUCUGAUUAGAUUUAAAGGCACUGAUGGCUACUCCCUGUGGUAAAGGGCACUUAUAGUCCAGGGUGUGAUGUGGCAAUAGAGAUACACAAAAUAUCACUACUGGGGUACCCCUACUUAAAUACUUACAAAAGACAGGGUUCUGGAUGACCAUGUAUUUGAUGACUUAAAACACUUUUGUCAAAUUAACAAGUCUAAUGAGACUGACCAGUUGCUCCUAACUCCUGGAAAAAGUGGAGAAGAGGCGGAUGAGCUCAGGCCUUCAAAUACCCAGCUCCAGCUCUGCAUAACUGACCUGAAACUUUCUGUGUCUUCUCUAAAGAAAUUCUUCUCCCCUGAGCUGCAGAGCUGAGAUUGCUGAAAACCAAACCCAGAGCUCAUCCUGCGAAGUGGCUGAAUUAUAAUGCAAAAUGAAUCCCCAAUCUAACAGGGUGUCUGCUGUUAAAAUGAGGACAUUGAUUGGGAAGGAAUGAGAUCCAUAAAUUUGGAAUAGGGUCCUGAGCCCCUAUAUUUUGAUCAGUCUUUUUUGCCACCUGUUUGAGGAAGUUAACCUGCUAUGACUGAAGAACCUGUGAUGACCUUUCCUGAGAAGCUGAAAUCCAUCCAUCACCAUUCUUCAAAAUGCAAUGGAAGGUACCAAGGACUGUAUUCCAGCUGGCACAUAGGACAUGCAUGGAACCACAUAAAGCUGGUCUUUUUGGACAUUGUCACUAUAUAAAGGGACCAUUACUUUUGUAUACAGCUGAAUCCAGAGUAGUUUUGGUACAGGGCCCUCAAAAACAAUGGCUGCAUUUAUCUGCUGCCCAGUGCACUGCAAAGAAAAGGAAGCCAUUCGAUGCUCCUUCACCCCAACUGGGGUUUCUUCACCAUAAACAGUGGGAGCAAGAUUCUUUCUCUAAGAGGGUUAUGUCAUCUAAUGCCACAGCUCCAGGAACUCCUUCAGAAAAAAAAGAAGAACCUGAUCCUUUACAAGACAAAUCUAUUAGCCUUUAUCAGCGGUUUAAGAAAACUUUUAGACAAUAUGGAAAAGUUUUGAUUCCAGUGCAUCUAAUAACUUCCGGUGUUUGGUUUGGAACAUUUUAUUAUGCAGCCAUAAAAGGAGUGAAUGUCGUUCCUUUUCUGGAGCUUGUUGGGUUACCUGACAGCAUAGUAAACAUUCUGAAAAAUUCCCAGAGUGGAAAUGCACUGACAGCAUAUGCCUUGUUUAAGAUUGCAACACCUGCCCGAUAUACCGUGACUUUGGGGGGAACCUCCUUCACUGUGAAGUAUUUGCGUAGUCGCGGCUACAUGUCAACACCACCUCCUGUUAAGGAGUAUCUACAGGACAGGAUGGAAGAGACAAAGGAGCUUCUCACAGAGAAAAUGGAAGAAACAAAGGAUAGACUCACUGAAAAGUUACAAGAAACCAAAGAAAAGGUUUCUUUUAAAAAAAAAGUGGAAUAAGGUGCCUUGUAUAAGAGGUUACAAACAAUUCCUGCACUUUAACCCUUUAGAGAUGAGGGACAAAGAUACAUGCUCCUGAGUGUAUUUUUUGUUAAUUGCCUGAAUAUGCCAGUUCUCUGAGGGUUAAAGAACUAAGAUAACCUUUUUAACAUUAACUGUCACUAGAAAAAUCAGUGUUUUUUGAAAAGGAAAAAAUGAACCCAGCACAAGAAUUUCACAUCAAUAGCAGCGUUAAGCAGGGGUUAAUGUCUAAGCUCCUUUUCCAGGUCUUCAGAAGCACAGGUGCUUUUUUGUUGCAGCUACACUUUAGGCACACAAGGCAGUGGACUUCCUGGAUAACUGAUGUGGCCCUAGACAGGAAGUUAACGCUGGGUCUUCAUCUUUACGUUACUCAUUGGGGUCUUAACUAUAUUCAGUUCUCAUUCUCAAUAUGGAGACAGACUUUUAUCUAAAUUGCCUGCAAAUGAGGAUAUUUUGUUUCUAUAAAAAAUGUCUAACAGUUACAUACCAGUUAAAAUAAUAGACUUUAUAUGAAGAAAGCUGAAUAAAAAUUGAGUCAUGCAUGUAAAUAAGAUGUAUUGGUUAUAUGUAAAUGAAAAAAUUGACCAUUUAAAAAAUGAUUUUUACCUGAAGUUGUCAUAAUCAAAUUUUUAAAGCAAAUAUAUAUGGCCAUACUACCUUUUCCCCUAGAGCAUAAAACUACUGUGAAUUGUUUGUUUCCUUUUCAAUUUUUCAGAGGAAAAGUGAAAAUAAUUAUACCUUAAGUUUAUUGUUGAAAUCAGAUUAUCUUAAGCAAUGACUCAAGUUUGUGGUUCUCAAGAAAUAUGGAUUUAGAAGGAGGGAAAGUGGCACCAGGUUGUCAUGGCGCUGACUCACUCACCCUGCCAUAUGGCAGGUCUUUGUCUCCACAAGCCAGUGCUCUUUCCCAGUGUCUUCACCCAGGGUUAAUGUUGAUCUCAUUUGGAAUAAAUUUUAAAAUUGCAGCUGCUGCUCUUUCCCUGAUAUUGAAACCUUGCUUGAGCAUUUUACUUGAAAUUUUUUAUAGUAAAGCUAUCAUUAAAUUAUCUGCUUGGAAUGAAAUUCAACCAUUAUCAGAUAAUGAAAGUUGUCAUGAUUGUGUGGGUGUGUUUAAGGAUGUCUGUAUCUGGUUUUAUGUGUUUUUUUCUAAAUAUGUUUUUACUGAUUUCAGACAGAGGAAGGGAGAGGUAGAGAGAGAGAA